AUGGCUGAGCAACUUUCAACCCCGCGUAUCACUGCUGCCUAUCUUGACAAUUUUGUUGGCAAAGUAGUCAUGCUCGUGGGAAAGGUUACGCAGCUCCGAGGUGAACAGGCUACUCUUGACUCAGAGGGCACAGUCACCGUCUUGUUGAACAGGGAUGCACAUCUCACAAAUGGUAACGGUGUGCAAGUCAUUGGAAAAGUCAAUCCGGACCUGUCGAUCAAGGUUUUGACAUCCCGGGAUUUGGGGACUGGUGUGGAUCAUGGCCCUUACCAGUCCUCGCAGGCAUACACCCCACGUGUGGCCAUGGUCUGGACCUCGCCUACCAAGGCUGGCGCUGUCACUUCUCCCCCUCGACAACGACAAGCUUAUUCCGCCGGCCAAGAUGGAAAAUCAAUCACAACCCCUGAUUCAGCCUCGACUGGAACUAUCAGAUCUUCGAGACCCCUACACAGUGCUGCACAGAGACUGCAGCGUCAUACGCAUUCGAUACAUGGCCAGACGAGACCUACCACCGCAAUGUCUUUCACAACAUCCAGUUCCGAUAUGAUUCUUGGCCGGGACAUUCAGUCAAGAACCUCUACUCCUCUCUACCCAUCUGGGCCUUCUCACAUCUCACAGACUCCAAAUCCUUCUCUAGGUUCACUCCUACCAUCGCCACCAGAAGACACAGUCUCUCGCACUUAUUCCGUAGAAAUGUCUCGGCGUUCUUCCGUCAGCACGCAAACCAACCAACGAUAUUCAAACUCGCAGACCUAUGAUCGAGAGAGCACCCAAGAAUCCUAUGUACCAUCAGCUCAGCCUUAUACGCCCCCCGCUUAUUCUCCGCCGUCAAUGUCUUCCGCGAGUCUGCUCCCGUCUCCGCCGAUGACACAAGAAGAUCAAUACCUCUCACAUGGACCUCUCAUGUCCCCCACAUUUUCAACGUCCUCCCGCCGCUACUCGGGGGCAGACAGCCGUCCCGCUGGCGUGGCCAACAGGAACUCUAAACCAGAAGACCCUGAAGAAUUUGCCUUGUUCGACUCCGUUCUAGAGGGGAUUGGGCGUAUUCAUGUGUCGAUGAACCGAGAUGACGCAGGUAGAUGGCGAAUCAAGCGAGCAUCUGACGAGAGACCAUAG